GUAGGUUAGAAGAAGGGUGACGCGUGGGGUGAGAAGCAAGGUGUUUCCUGCACGGGGCGGAAUGGACGGCGGCGGCAAGGAGUUGGGACGGCCGGCGCCGAGCGGUGGUGGGGUUGCGGUUUGGACGUUGGUGGUCUCCAACCUCGCCUACCUCGUGUUUCUCCUCUGCCAGUACCACAUAAACCGGCGACGCUGUGACAAAAGCUCUGUCACAAGAGGUAGACCAGAUGCAAAGGGGGAUGCUCUCUCGCCGGACGCUGUCAUCAACCUCGAGUUCGGCGACCCUACCAUGUACGAGGCGUUCUGGAGGGAGGCUGGGGAGCGGGCGGCGGCGGUGAUCCCCGGGUGGUGGGGGAUGAGCUACUUCUCCAACGCAGGGGGCCUCUGCUGGUACCUGGAGCCUGAGUUGGAGCGCGAGGUGCGCCGCGUCCACCGCCUCGUCGGCAACGCAAUGGCCGACGGCUACCACCUCGUGGUCGGCACUGGCACCACCCAGCUCUUCCAGGCUGCCAUGUACGCCCUAGCCCCCACCAGCACCGACCGGCCCGUCGGCGUCGUCUCUCCGGCGCCCUACUACUCGACGGACCUCCUGCUCUCGGGCUACUACCGGUGGGCGGGGGACGCCAACGCCUUCCACGGCGACCACGGCGGCGAGAACAUCGAGCUGGUCGUCUCGCCCAACAACCCCGACGGCGCCAUCCGCGAGGCCGUCCUAAGCUCCGACUCCGGCAAGGGCAAGGCGAUCCACGACCUGGUGUAUUACUGGCCUCAGUACACGCCCAUCACCAGCCCCGCCGCGCACGACAUCAUGCUCUUCACCAUGUCCAAGCUCAGCGGCCACGGCGGCACCAGGCUCGGGUGGGCGCUGGUCAAGGACAGCGAUGUGGCCAAGAAGAUGGUCUACUUCGUGUAUGGGAGCACCAUCGGCGUGUCCAAGGACUCGCAGCUCCGUGCCGCAAAGAUCCUCGGCGUCGUCUCCGACGCCUACGAACCUGGCCCCGGGGACGGCACGCAGCUCCGCCUCUUCGACUUUGCGCGACGCCGGACGGGGGAGCGCUGGCGGGCCCUGCACGCCGCCGUGGCGGCAACGGGCACCUUCAGCCUCCCAGAUGAGAUCACGGGCUACUGCAACUUCACCAAGCAAACCGUGGCAGCGUACCCCGCCUUCGCGUGGCUGCGCUGUUACAAGGAUGGCGUGGAGGACUGCGCCGAGUUCCUGCGCGGGCACGGCAUCGUGGCGCGGGGCGGGGAGCAGUUCGGAGGAGACGCCAGGUGCGUCAGGGUCAACAUGAUGGACAGGGACGCUGUGUUCAACGUGCUCAUACAGCGUCUCUCCUCCAUAACAUGAAAUCUCGAUCAAUGAGGAUGCACAAGCCACAACUAUAAUGCAUCGCAAGGGGGCAGCGUCUCUGAUUGAUUGAGUUUUGCUACUCCCUUUCAAAUACAAGACGCACAAUAAUAAUGUCACUGUGAGAUGUUAUUUGCACGCAAUAAUAAUGGUGUUGCAUUGAGUAUUUAAUCGUCGCUCCUUCCCGAAAUAUUACUCAUUAAUGAAUACUAGUAAAAUGCUCGUGCGUUGCUACCGGCGACAAUGAAGUGUGUGU